AUGGCAAUCCAGUCAAAUUUGUAUUUAUUUGCACUUCAUGAUAACAACUUUGGAAAUAAUGAGGAAGGUGACUUGGAUUUCAUCUCCUCUCUAGUUAAUUGCGCCAAUUUAGAAGUUGUAUCUAUCAGUGCCAAUAAUUUUGGAGGAGUGCUAACUGAAUCUAUCAGCAAUCUCUCAAGAAAGCUCAGGAGAAUAGAUUUUCGAGGGAAUCAGAUAAGCGGAAACAUUCCUGUCGGAGUUGGAAAUCUCAUCAACUUGGAGACAAUAAACUUUGAUGACAACCGAUUGACAUGCACUUUACCAAGUUUGAUAGGUGCAGUACCAAUCCAAGGAGUUUUCAAGAAUGCAAGCUAUUGUGGGAAACACACGGCUUUGUGGAGAAAAGCUAGAGCGCUUAAGUCAACUUCAGGAUCAUCGUUGGGGAAAUUGUCCUAUGGAAAUAUCCUCAAAGGAACUGAUGGGUUCUCUGCUACAAAUUUGAUUGUUCAUAGAAGUUUUGGGCACCGAAAUCUUGUCAAGCUACCGACCGCUUGUUCAAGCAUUGAUUUUCAAGGAAACAAUUUCAAAGCACUGGUGUAUGAGUUCAUGGUGAAUGGAAGCCUAGAUGAAAGGUUGCACAUUUCAGCUCAAGGAGUAGAUAGGCCAGCUAAUAUGCCGAAGAAUCCGAAUCCUAUUCAAAGAGUUAACAUUGCCAUCGAUAUAGAGUGUGCUCUGGAUUAUUUGCACAACCGCUCACAUGCCAAUAGUUCAUUGUGA